AUGGGGUUGAAGGGCCUGCCCCCAAAGUUGACAAGUGAGGACUGUGGAGCUGUCACUUUUCCAACUUCACCUCACUUUGAGCUGACUCAAACCACAUCCCUUAAGCCUGGCUUCAUGCCGUUCCCCACUAUGGUUGACUGCCCAAUAUCUACAUCAUCACGAGGCCUGAUUGCCUUGUUUGGCAACGUUCAGAAGAGGACUCGUCUUCAAGAAGCACUGCUCUUCCGUGCCAUGAAGAUGGUGACGUGGAAAUCCAUCUCUCUCGAAAGCCAGAAGAUCGCUUCGUCGUUCACAGUGUGGUCCUUAGCUUACACUCCUCCUUCUUUAAGGCCAGUCUCAGUAGUCGCUGGGCUAGCGGCAAUCAUGGCUCAGCAGGUGAAGAGCGGUAAGUCAAGCGCGCCUGUGACCUUUGCCAGAUCUCAGUACUUAUCUGUGGGGCCGACAGCAGGAGCAGUCCAUGUAGCGGAGACGCCGGGCCUUCACUUCAGUACUGCCGCAAUUUUUACCAGGUGUGCUCCAUGGGUUCCCCAAGACAAUAACAAAACGAGCUUUCGAACAUAUACCAUUGAAGCUCAUCGUCAAUACUUGAAGCUCAUACAUCAUAUACCGCUAGCCAUCGAUCCCAGCAACUUCGAGUAUGUUGUCAAGUCGAUCUACACCCUUGUCCGUGUAGCAGAUGCGUACGAUAGCCACUCGGUUGUGUCAAUGCCUGUCGAGAAUUUUUUGAUUCGCUAUCAUAGCUCUGAUAUCGAAAGGUUCUCCAAUGCCAAUUACAAGGAACUUCUAAACAUCGCAAUGAAGAUCCACUCUCGCUGGCUGCUCAAAGAGAUUGUCUCUCGAAUCAUCGCAGAUCCCCUGUGGGAGGAUCAUGACAUCGAGCGCAUUUUCAGCAGUUUCGAGGCCGGUGAGUUGCUGCUCAGCAAGCGUGCUGAGCUGCGGGACAUGCUGAAGGACAUUCAUCAGCGUGUUGUCCUCAUAGAGCAGCCAAGGAAAACUGGAAGAAUGCCUGAUGAGCGUACAAUUACAUUCGCUACCGCGGCCUUCAGAGACGAGAUCAGCAGACUCUUCAGGUCCCAUCGAAACGGCGGCUGGGUCUCUUAUGCACGAAAGUUCCGACUCUUGAAGGAACGUCUCUUGCGGAACAUAGGCUCCGAUAUACAAUACCCUUCUCACCCGUACUGGUUCGGCAGACUCUACGACAAGUUUGGCGAACCCGCAAAUAUCAGUAGAGAAGAUUUCGGGACUGUCUUUCAGUCGCUACAACACAGGACAGCUGAGAUCAUUGAGCCUUUGUUCGGCUGCGUUGUGAAGCAGCCAAGCGCAAAGCUGAGCAAGAGGAACGCUUCGUACCAAGGCUUCCUUUGCAUCAACGUGACCGAUGAUGAAUUGCCAUGGUAG